AUGUUUUCGCAAAUUCCUCAUUUGAUAGAGUCCGAUGUUCCUCCCAGCCUCGGCUCCGACCACAACGGAGACUACAGACAUAUCGUAAAUAGCAACAGCUGGCUCUGUUUAGGCUUCUAUUACAAGAUGCUGUCCGUGCCCGCGCCCGCGCGCCCACGCGCCGCACCGGUCACUGAACCUCGCCAAUUAACACCAGUUAGCGGUCUCCUGCUCGGUGGUCCCUUGCACGGCCGA